AUGUGUGACGGGGAGAAAAUGGCAGCGGCCGUGGUGCAGAUGGCCUGUCUGUACCGGGGGAUGUUAGCGGUGAGAUCCGCGGGGAUCAGACCGAUCAUUCCCGGCCUGGUCCACACUCACAUGCGGGCGUUCUCGGUUAAAAAAGAACCGGAGUUAGAGGACAAUCCGUAUUAUAAUAAAUAUGAAGCGAAGAUCAGGAAACUGCGCAGUGCCAAACCUCAAGAUUAUAAAGUACAGCUUGAAAAGCGCAGUGAUUUAAAGAGAGAACCUGUUGGACAUUCGAGACAAGCUGAGUUUAUAAAACUGAUGGACCAGGAGAAAGAUAAUCAAGACAGAGCUGGAGGUUUUACCAAGAACAAGACUUUGGACUCGAUACUUAACCUUGACAUGGUGAAGGACAAGUCUGGCUCUGAAAUUGGAGAGCUCUGGAUGCACUACUUCUCAACAAAGGACACAGUCAGUGCUGUCAUAACCGGUUCAACUUUUGAGAAGAUGAUUCAGCGAGCUCAGUCGAGCCCAAUGUUUCUAUAUGCUUUGCCCCGGCAAGAGGGCUAUGAGUUCUUUCUGGGUCAGUGGUCUUGUCAAGAGCUUCACUUCACGUCUCUUAUCAAUAUUCAGACAUCAGGAGAGAACGCUCCCAGUCAGCUCAUUCUGUAUCACUACUCAGACCUGCAGAAGGACAAGAAUAUCGUGCUCAUGACGGCUGAGCUGGACAGCAAGUUUAUUACGGUUCAUGAAGCUCAGUGCCUGGCCAACCAGGUGCAAUUAUUCUACGCAGCACAGAGAAAUGAAACCUACCAACUGGUGGAAACCUUUAACCACAGACCAACGGAUUUUACGCACAUGUCUGUAAUAGCAGAGCUGGAACAGAGUGGAAUAGGAUCAGGGGUCACUGCAAAGUAAUACACACUUCAGCAGCCGAAGGAAAAUAUUCUGGUAAAGAAACAGAUCAGUGCGUCUCACUGGAGAGGAAGAACAUUCAUGUUUUCUGUUCUCCAACCCCAAUCACUUUUAUUCUAAUACCAUGUAUCAUGUAUGUUGCUUUAUGCUUGGUUUGUUACCAUAUUUAUUCAUCCAGGCUGAUUUGAUUUUGUAUUUAAUUACAGUCUCCCUCCAUGUUCCCAUCCAGGGAAGUUUUUACAGUGAAUAAAUAAGAAUGUAUUCUGAGUAUAAAUAUUCAUCAGUAAAUGUAAAAGAGAGGGUAUUAUAGUCAUUAUCAGCUCUAAAUACAGGCUGGUAUUAAUGCUUAUGGCUCUUCCAGUAGAGUAUUGUACAGUAGAGGUGGGUAAUGUGGCAUUACUAUAAUAUUGGGAUACUGGAAGACAUUUUCAUGAUAAACAAUUAGGAAUAAAAAAAAUCUUUAACAUCCAGUCAGUUACUAUUUGCUGUGAUUGGCUGCAAAAGUAUCAAUGCAUUUAUUUUUAGGAAUAUAAAUGUCAUAUUGCCUUGCUUUGCUCAAUUUAAAGCUUUUAAAACAGUUGGUGAAACAUGGUGUUAAAACCCACAUAAAUAAAAACCACUUGGUGACGUACUAUACGUGUAAGUAGAUCACAAUCAGACAUUAUUUUAUAUUAAUGUGUAUUUGUUAAAACCACAUAGUGGCUCUUUAAAAACAUAAUGUACAUGUAGGUGCUGCCAGCACCUCCAACAGAGGAUCAGAUUCUGCAUCUAACAUGCCUGUUCCAGUUUGGGAUGUAACUGGUGAAAUCAGGUAGAUUGUGGUGACUGCACAGCGAUAUAAACCUGAAGAUCGAAAGUCUGACUCUUAUUCUAGACUGAAUAUAGCUGGGUGGCAUUACUUUCUAGUAUAAAUAGAUCAUCAUGAAUUAAUAAUGUAUUAUUACAAUAUUAUGUAUUGUGGCGCCGGCGAGCGUCGGGGCUGCGAGUGAGCUGCCCUUGGCAGUUCACCCAGUGGAUUAGGACAGACACUCAUUCAUACACACAGACUUUUAUACAACAGACAAACAUAAAGGCUGCCUAUCCAGCCCUCACCGUAGCCACCCCAGCCCCAACACUGGGCUACACGGCCACGGUAAGUACGGACAGCAUGGCCGCAAGGGCUUCUGGGUAAAGCCCGUGGCGGCCCCCUAGCGGUGACGCUACAGUAUAAUAAAUUAAUUCUCCAAACAA